CCUCUGCAGCCUCAGAGAUAAAGGCAGUCGUUGCAUCUCUCGCACUUCUAUAAAAGAAAAAUAUGGCCGAUCUUGCAGGCAAGCCCAAGAGCGAGCUCACAGAUGCAGAGCUCGCCAAGCUUGAAGAAUUUGAAUUCCAGACAGGUCCGCUCAGUGUUCUCUUGAAUGCCGUCAAGAACCGCAACCAGGUGCUUAUCAACUGUCGCAAUAACCGCAAACUACUUGCGCGAGUCAAGGCCUUCGAUAGGCAUAGCAACAUGGUGCUCGAAAAUGUCAAGGAAAUGUGGACAGAGACACCGAGAGGGAAGGACGGUAAGAGAGGCAAACCCGUCAACAAGGAUAGAUUCAUCAGCAAGAUGUUUUUGCGUGGCGACUCGGUCAUCCUCGUCUUGCGAAAUGCUUGA